AUGCGGAAGUUCAACAGACUUGCCCCGGUUUAUGCCCCAGAGCGGAAACGCGCGGAAACAUGGGGCCCAUGCUCGAUGCCUCAAUUAUCGUAUUUGAUACGAGAAAAAGACGAACUCCGAUUGGCAGCGGGCAUUAUUGGCCCCUCCAAGGGACCAGCUGAACUCGGCGGGGAGCUUCGCCGAGGCAUGGAAGCUGUGAAACAACUGCAGCUGACGAGCGACGAAGUGACGGAUCCGACUUUUGUCAUGACAGAAUUGCUGCAUGCAACAACGUUACAACUAUUAAUUGAUCGUCUACUUGAUCUCGGGCAGUACCCUUGCAAGAUAGAUGUCGGAUUGGAAGUCCAAUUCGACCGCGGCAUACAGCCGACUGCGCAGGGGCCAAUUGGGGGCCCUAUUUACGAUUAUCCCGGAAUCACCCAACUAUUGUCCCUUGCUCCCGGAGGCCCCGGUUCCCAGGCUCCUCUCGGAGCUUUACAACCAAGGUUGGGGGCUUCCCGCACAAGCAUCCAUCCUAACCCAUGCGCUGCCACAACAUUCUCGGCGCCAUCGUUGCUAGGAGCAAAUUUUAUUUCCUUGGAAGCGUCUCUGGUCACAAACUUCAGCGGGCCUAUACCUGCAGAGUGGAGAUUCUCUCAGCCAGCUGUCGAGAUACAUAAUGCCUCCUUCUGCAAUAUCACCGUCUCUUACACUCACCCUGGCCAUAGUGAUGUUGUCAAUGUCGAGACCUGGCUUCCAACCGAGGACUGGAACGGAAGGCUUCAAGCUGUGGGAGGUGGGGGGUGGCGCGCUGGGAGAAUGCUUCUGAGUUAUACGACUAUGGCCGGCGCUAUCGCAGAUGGUUAUGCUACUGUAACCACGGAUUCUGGACUUGGGGACGCCAUGGGGCCGGACUCGUGGGCUCUGAUAAGUCCAGGUAACUCAAAUCUGUACGCAUUGCAGGAUCUUGGGUCACAGACCUUGUAUGACGAGGAACCUAAGGCAGUCAUCGCCAAGCACCUCAUUGAGAACUACUACGGCAGGGAGCCUUCAUAUUCGUACUGGAAUGGUUGUUCCCAAGGAGGUCGUCAGGGUGCGGCACUUGCCCAGAGGUACCCAUCGAUCUACGACGGAAUCAUCGCAGCAGCCCCGGCGAUCAACUGGGCCGGGGUCCUCAUCAACACCAUAUGGCCCAGGGUCUAUAUGAACGUCACUGAGCAGUAUCCUCACCCAUGCGAGCUGCAACAGCUCACUGCACUUGCUGUAUCUGCUUGCGAUGGGCUUGAUGGAGUUAAGGAUGGCCUUAUCGCCGACACAACUGCCUGCAAGACCAUAUUUGAUCCUCACGCCUACGUCGGAACAGAGUUCAACUGCCCAUUGACCGGGAAAUCGGCCAAUAUCAGCUACACGGCAGCCGCUGUAGCGGAUGCUAUGUGGACGGGCCCUUUUACGGCUGAAGGAGAGUCAACAUACCUGUAUGGUCUGGAAAUGGGCACCGAUCUAGUGUUUGGUGCUCAAACUAGCUGUACAGAAGAUGGGAAGUGUACUGGAGUUCCCAACGCCGCUGUCACAGUGUUGUUGGCCUACUUCAUCGGCAAAGAUCCCGCUAUCACUACUACAAAGAUAUCUUUCAAGGAAUUGGAGAGAGCAUACCACUCUUUCAGACAACAGUAUGAUGCUUACCUAGGGACUGAUGACCCAGACCUUUCAUCUUUCCGUAAUGCUGGAGGCAAGAUGAUCACUUUCCAUGGCUUGUACGGACUAACACAGCCUAAGGCCGAUCCGACUAUUCCGCCCAACAAUACAUUGAACUAUUAUAAGGACGUCUUGAAUCACCAAGAUGAUGCACAAGACUUCUAUAGAUAUUUCCCAGUCCCGGGACUGGGGCACUGCUGGGGCGGCCCUGGCGGCGGCCAGCCCAUCGCGUUAUUUGAUCAGUUGAGGUCUUGGGUCGAGAAUGGGACAGUUCCUGAAAGCUCUCCAGUGACCAUCACAAAGCCGGACAAUACUCAUGAGAGGCAGGUUAUCUGCCCGUACCCAAAGAAGGCAGUAUACAGCAAGACGACGGCUGGAGACCCGGCAGCGGGUGGUCUUCAAAAAUCGACCUUGGGCUCCAGCUUUCAGACUAUAAAGUGUCCUGCUGUACACUCCAUAUUACAAUUACGGCAGCUGGAUCUAGGAUAUAUCAACAGCGAUGAGCGAUCACAUAAGAAGUCCCGUAACGGGUGUAAAACCUGCAAGCGAAGAAGAAUCAAGUGUGAUGAAGCCAAACCCCAAUACCUCGUCCCAACUCAUGAUGUUAUCGUCGAGACCGUUUCUCAUGGAAAUUCGCGGAGAAGAGGGAGACCGCGGAAAGAUUGGGAUACGGCAUCCAAAGGGCUAAGCCCCCAAGAAUUCUUCGAAUCACCCGAUAGCCUAAGAUCCAGGUCAAUCGACACAGCUCUCGUAGUCACGCAGAGCGGGGAGCAGCAGGAACAAGUAGCCUCGGAUCUUCCUUGGAUAUGGACCGUAGAUGAUCUCGAGUUGCAGCACCACUUCUUAACGUCUGACGAUCUUACAUACUCAAAUUCGCGAUUCUGGCGGGAGAGAGUCCCCCGUCUUGCCUUCACGCACCAUUACGUCCUGCAUCUGCUUCUCGCAAUCUCCGCACUACACUUAUCCAAAGAGAAAGAGAACUCUACCGAGUCAUCUAAAUAUGAGCAGCUCGCAGAUGUUCACUACACCAUAGGCCUACGCCAAGUGAUGGCCAUCAUGCCAACAUCUAAUAAAGACUAUGCUGGAGCACUUUACAUAUCUACCACGCUUGUCUGUGCGUAUGCAUUCGCAAAGAAGCCUAGCCCAGAACACCUCUUGAUAGUCUCAGACGGAGAAGAAGUGGCAUGGUUCGAAUUACUUAGGGGUGUUCGAAUUGUUGUUACAACGAUGGGAUGGGAUGCCAUCUACUCUGGAGUUCUGGGUCCCCUCUCGGCUGCCGAUGACGAGAAGUCACUCCCAGAGCCAGGUCCCACGAGACGACUAGUCCAAUGGGGGCCUGCCUUAAGCAGUCUUACAGACUUGAUUACAUGCUCUGGCGAUCCAGAAACCCCCGUAUACUUGGAAAUGAUUCAACGGGUUUCGUCUUGCUUUGAGACAACUUUUGGUACAACUGCAAGGCCAAGGCUUGAUUGUAACGGCAAGAUGGAGGUCAUUAUCGGUUGCAUUUAUGGUAUCGAUGAUGAUUUCGUGCUUUGUCUAAAACACAAGAGGCCCUUUGCACUUCUCAUCCUGGCACACUUUGUUGUGUUGCUCAAGUCGCUCGAAUGGAUGUGGUACAUAAAGGGGUGGGCAAGCCACAUUCUUCAUGGCAUCGCACUCAUUUUAGGGCCUCAGUAUAGACAGUAUUUGCGAUGGCCAAGAGAAGAAAUCGAGAGGCUUGGCAAAGAUCGAGAUCAUCUCACUAAUGGAGAAUCGCCUUAA